AUGGUAGUUGACAUGGAUGUGGAAGAAUUGUUAAUCAUGGGAGAUUCUGACUUGAUUAUUCGGCAAGCUCAAGGUGAAUGGAAAACUCGGAACAUCAAGCUUAUCCCAUACAUGCAACAUGUGGAAGAUCUUAGCAAACGGUUCAAGUCAGUUGAAUUCAUGUACAUCCCUCGAUUCCACAAUGAGUUCGUUGAUGCGCUAGCUACCUUGGCGGUAAUGUUGCCAUAUCUGGGUAAUGUCCAUAUUGACUCAUUAGAUAUCCAAAUUCGAGAAAAACAUGGUUAUUGCAAUGCAGUUGAAAUAGAAACAGAUUUUCAGCCAUGGUAUCAUGACAUCAAAAGAUUUUUGAAGACAAAGGAAUACCCCAAGCAAACCAGUGGAGACCAAAAGAGAACCAUUAGAAGGCUAGCCAACAAUUUCUUCUUGAGUGGAGAUGUCUUGUACAAAAGAACUCCAGAUUUGAAUCUUUUAAGGUGCGUAGAUGCUCAAGAGGCUAGAAAGAUCAUAAACGAAAUGACCAUGGAGAAGGAUUGCUUCAGUUUUGUCCGAAAGCGCCAUCAGUAUCAGAUACACGGUGACCUGAUUCAUGCAACACCUUCAGAAUUGCAUCCUAUAUCAGCACCUUGGUCGUUCAUUGCCUGGGGUAUGGAUGUAAUUGGACCGAUUGAGACAAAAGCUUCAAAUGGGCACAAAUUCAUCUUAGUUGCCAUUGACUAUUUCACAAAAUAG